AUGUAUUGUCGGUUUUUACAAAUUCUCUUUGAUGCCUUGCGUCCCGAGUUGGAAAGGAACCCUGAUGAUCUUGAUGUCAAAUCCCUAGGUCCAAACACCUUUGGACUCAUGAAACAAGUACGCAAAGCGUCAAAGGUUGUUUUCAAAGGAACAGAAGCACUGGUGAAAUUUGGAAAAUCCGUAGAGACAGAAGGUGUUCACACUGCUAGUACUCCUAUUAUUAUGGUGGUCGAGGAACAUGUGGCGCCAUCAAUAUCAAAUAUUAGUUUUUCAUUUGAGGUUUCUGAUGAUGAUGAUGAUGAUGAUGAUGAGGAGGAGGAGGAGGAGGAGGAUGUUCGUAUGUUUGAAUCAUCAAAGGAGCUAGUUAACGAAGAUGUGACUUCCCCAACUGAUACAGAAAAAGAAAUCAACAUUUUCAAGAAACCGAACAAUCCAAUGUCCGAACAGAUGGAAGCCCUUAUCGAAAAAUUACAGUUAACUGUGAGGAAGCCUUGCAAGCAGUUCAUGUUACUACUGAAUCUCCAUCUGGGAGUGAUAAAGACGAUUCAAAUGCCUUCGUGA